GAAACCCAGCUCGGACGUUGAACGCAUACCUUCCGAUGGACCACGGAGUCCUCGCGAUCGUAAAGAAGGGAAAAGAUAUAUAAAAACAACUGAGGAUCAAUCUAAGUCAACUUUUGAAAUUAUUGGCACUGCAUUGUCAUGGUUUAUGGUGAUAAUCACUUUUCCCAUCUCAAUAUUUAUAUGUUAUUUUCGAGUAGACGAAUAUGAUCGAGCUAUAAUAUUUCGUCUCGGUCGCGUUAGAAAGAAUGCUCGAGGACCAGGCUUGGUCUGGCAUUUGCCAUGCAUUGAUAGUUACCGAUUGGUGGAUCUUCGUACCAGGGUGGAAGUGAUACCCUCUCAGGAUGCGAUUACUAAGGACUCAAUCUCAAAUGUUCAUGAAUCAACUUUGUUUAUUGCACAGACGACAUUGAGGAAUAUGGUUGGGUCCUUGACACUGCAUGAGUUGCUCAUAUCUAGACAAAUAUUGUCUGAGAAGAUAACAAUUGCUGUUGAUCACGCAACCGAAAAGUGGGGAGUCAAAAUUGAAAGAGUUGAAUUAAAGGACAUAAAUUUGCCUGACAGUCUGCAGCGCUCAUUAGCAUCCGAGGCUGAAGCACUGAGAGAUGCUCGUGCUAAGAUUAUAUCUGCAGAGGGCGAGCUAAAGGCUUCGCAAGCACUAAAGGAAGCAUCCAAUGUGAUGGCUGAAAACGAAAUUACUCUCCAGUUACGCCAUUUGCAGACAUUAUCAUCGGUAGCUCAAGAGCACAAUCUUACUAUAGUAUAUCCAUUUCCCAUGGAAAUGAUGUCAGCAUUUACAAAUAGUGGUGGAGAUGUUCCCAAAAAGGAUACAGAUAAAUUCAGCGAUAUAUCGUCGCGUGAUGGUUCGAUUUUAUUUUCAUCUCUGGUAUCAUCAAUUUUUAGAAGAACUCCUGAAGAGAUAACCCCAGCCACUUCGCUUAUUAAUAACAAUAAUGCAGAACAUCCAGAAGUUAACGCCGAAAAGAAAAUUGUUCCCAAUAUAAUUGAAUACAAGUUGGAUGGCAACGCUAAGUCAACCCAAACUGACUUUCCUAAGUAGAUGUAAAAAUGGAUACCAAGGGUCGUUUCCGGCUCAUUUAGAAAACAAAAGCAAGCGCAAAUUACUUGAACUGACAAUAAUAAAUUAUAUGUGAUUUUAUUAAAGAAAAUGUGAAUGCUAUAUUUUUAUAUAUAGCGCUUCA